UCCGCGAAAACGAACGAUGCGUGUUGACGUGGACGUGCUGGGGCUCGGGGGCGGCGCGGUGGCCGCGGCGCACGUGGUGCUGGUGCUGCUGGUGCAGGCGGCGCAGGGCACCCUCAUGCCCACCACCAACACGGCCAUCUUCAACGGCAACAGGAACGCGCCCAAGGAGAUACGGUUCUGCCAGCCGCUGGACCAGCAGAAGAACGUCAACCUGGAGGCGCUGGCGGGCUACUGGUACGCCGUGGAGACCAUCGGGCACCGCGACGAGGACCGCGCCACGCAGUCCUACCAGGAGAUCGCGCUGUGCCCCGUCAUGUUCCUCUCGCAGAUCUACAACUCGAGCGACCAGCUGCGGCUGCUCUGGGAGGAGCCCCUGGGGAAGAUCGAGUACCGCUUCAGCCUGGUGGACCAGAACGACCCGGGCUUCUGGAUAUCCAUGGGGUCGCAGAACGGCUCGCUGACCAACAACCAGGAGUACCCGUACCAGCAGUUCGCCGGCACGGUGCAGGUGAUGCGCGCCGUGGGCACGGACAUGGUGCUGACGUUCUGCUCGCCCGCGUCGCACCACUACUCCAUGGUGAUGUCACGCAACAAGACGAUGGACGACAAGGCCCUGCACUCGCUCAACCAGAUGCUGCAGGACCGGGGGCUGCGGCUGGUCAACACGCGCGUGGCGUGCAGGGGCGGCGCCAACGCGGCCACCAGCGCGCGCGCCGGCCUCGGCCUCGCCUUCGCGCUGCUGGUGCUGGCGGCCGUCAGGAAGGACUCCGUCCUCUAGGCGGCACUCGGGGGGUGUAUGGACGAACAGAGGCCAGGCGCGGGCGGAUCCAGGGAAGACCCCAAGGGCGGAUCCAGGGAGGGGGCGAAGACGCAGAAGUUGCCUUCUUACAGGGGCGAAGUGCGACCUUUUAACAGAUGAUACCUUGUCUUUAUAUCCUACCUUUCGGGCGGCCUCGGCCUCAUCGGCACCCCCCGUAAAUGGGGUAAAUGUGGUGCCUUUACCCUAGUGACAGGGGCAAAGCAGUGGUUUUUGACUACCUUUCGGGCGGUCUUUCUAGAAGGGGGUAAUUACAGCCACUACACCUUCUCUCCUCCCCCCUUCUCAUCCCUGGAUCCGCCCCUGAGUAAAGCAGGCCGCAAGGAGUGCUAAAACGCCGCCGUUAAACAGAACGCCUCAGAACAUAAUGUUCAAAUCCAUGUCAAAAACCGUCAAAAUCUGUGGAAUGUCGUUGAUACGUUUGUAUACCGUUGAGUUUUCCGUCCUCUACACGGCAUGAUUCGACUUGAAUCGACCAACUUUUGAAAAUAAUCUACGAGCAGUACUGUGACAGUAUUGGAACUGCUCGAAGUUCGGAAACAGCGGCUUUCUGACUGUGAAGCGAGUGGAGAUAGGUUUAUGUAAUUAUUGUUUAAGUAUAGAUAAGACUUCCAUUAAGGUUCAGAAACUAGUCGAACUCGUCUCUCUGUGUAGGAAUGCCUUUACAACUCAAAGCGUUGUCAGGGAGUCAGGGACUCCGAAUUUGCCAUGACUUAAGAAACUCUUCCGAGUUAAAAGGGGAAAGAAUAAACGCUAAUCAUAAGUGUCUCGCGCUAAUUAGGCUUUAAAGCCUUUAGGGGGAAAAAGCUGCGGAAUAUUUUAAAUUGUAAAUUAUGUCUCUUAACUUUUUUUUGUAUGUAAAACGACACUUGUAAAACAAUGUUAGGAAGCAGGUGGACUCUCUGUCUUGAUCGAUCUAUCCUAGAUAAACGACGUUUUGCAACGGGACCAGAUAGUUUUUUACCACUUGAAGCUUUUCCACGACCGACUUACCUUAUGAAUUCUAAAGGCACAUAAAAAAAAAGUUUCUAUCUGACGAUUUGUCCUUUCGAUAAAGUUUCAAGUUUCAAGUUAGGGGUUUGAACAAAUAAUUUUUUUUACCGUGUGGGGCAAACAUGAAGAAACUUAUUGUGUAUUUUUUUUACUUUUUACAGCGACACUUAUUGUGGUGUGAACGUUUGUACCUUUGUAUAAUAUAUUAUUUAUUUUUUUGCUGUAGUGUAUAUGUAGCAAGAGUCAAUAAAUUACGAUAUUUUAAACAGA